UAAUCGCAGUGGCAAGGUGUAGCCUACUCAGUGCUGCAGUCAUUUCUGCGUGCUGAAGGAUGUUAAUUUUGCAGUCAUGGCAACACGGCUGCCUUCUCCCAAGUGAUUGAUUGAUCGACCGAGUAACAAAAUGAAAUUGUUUAUUCAACUAAACUUUUUUUUGGCUUGGACUUUUAAAUGUUAUUUGGCAUGGAAGGAAACACCAAGACUUAUCCUGAAACAAGACCAGGAAAACACAAUCCUGCAAUAUCCCAUAUAUCAGAACCACACAGUGUUCUUUCACCCAGGUGAUUCUGAUGAUCUAUACGUUGGAGGAACGGACUUUGUAUUACAGAUUGAUGUUCAGAACUGUCGGAUCAUAGAGGAAUUUACACUAAACACGACAGGUGAACAGACAUGUACAGAGGAACCCUGUCAGAAUGUCAUCACUGUGAUCCAACAUUUUCAAGAUAGUGUGUUUGUAUGUGGGACAAAUGGACACAAGCCACAAUGUUGGAAGCUGUAUUCCCGGAUCGACAAUAAAACACAUGAAAUAGUGGAGAGUUAUGAAGGGAUUGGGAUCUCACCACACGUUUACACACAUAACUCGUUGUCGCUCACAGUAGAGGGGGAUUUAUAUGCUGCUGCUCCCUUGGAUGGUGAUGGAAGUUCACUUCAAUUCAGAAGGAAAGCAGGCAGCAGAACCAAUGUGUGGAUGUACGACACAUGGGUGUCAGAACCCACCUUCAUAUCGGCCAACUGGAUCCAGCGUUCCGAUGAUCCACAUAAUGAAAAGAUCUAUGUCUUUUUCCGAGAGAAGAACUCUGACAAUAGUCCGGAGGCUGAUCCCUGGAUAUCAAGGGUGGCCAGAGUUUGCAAGAUAGAUGAAGGUGGGUCAAAGAGAUUCUUCCAGAAUAUGUGGACAUCUUUCCUGAAAGCUCGUCUUGUGUGUGGAAUUCCAAAAGAGUCUCUCUAUUUCAACCGUCUUCAAGACAUAUUUGUGUUGCAUUCUGAAGACUGGAAGGCUUCAAAAGUUUAUGGCCUUUUCACAAGCAGCUGGAACUCUACUGCUGUAUGCAUAUACUCAAUGGAAGAGAUUGAUAGAAUUUUUGAAAACUCCACCUUCAAAGGCUUUGAUAAAGAAAUUCCUAAUCCCAGACCUGGAAAGUGUGUAUCAAACAGUAAGACCUUGCCAUUGGAUACCAUCAAUGUAGUAAAGGAUCACCCUGAGAUGAGUGACUGGAUCCAUUCCAUACACCCUCGUAUUCCUUUCUACAUAAGCAGCAACAACUAUACCAAGAUAGCUGUGGACCAAGUUCAGGCAGCUGAUGAACACAUGCAUAAUGUGCUGCUUCUAGCCACUGACUCUGGAAAGAUCCACAAAAUUUUAGAAGAUGGCUCAGAACCCUUCAUCAUCUCAGAAAUACAAUCCUCCAACCACUCAGACAUUAUUCGAUCGAUUAAACUGGAGUCUGCAAAGAGAAAGCUGGUCGUGGGCUUCUCUGAGCAGAUCUCUACCCUGGACCUGGAAAGGUGUCAGGACUACAAUGGCUCCUGUGAGGACUGUGUGCUAGCACGGGACCCAUACUGUGCCUGGUCCAAAUCCGGCUGUACCCCAACUGUUCCAGGAAGCAUUCAAAACAUCCUUGAUGGACAGACCAGUGUGUGCCGGAAAACCACAGAAGAGUCAAAGAAACUGAACAGAACCAAACGAGAGACUCAGCCUCCUUCCUCAGCGCCUCUGGUAGCUGUCCACAAAGUCCCGCAGAAUGCCCCUUUCUACCUUUCCUGUCCCAUAGACUCUUACCAUGCUGUCUAUACAUGGGAGCACGGAGGCCACAGUAAACCCUGUCUGCCCAUGCAGGCCAAUUGCCUGCACCUCAUCCCUGCCAUGACCGAAGAAAACUACGGACACUACAUAUGCGUGUCCAAAGAGAGAGACUACAACAAAACAGUGAAAGAGUACCAGCUCAACCAAAACAGAGACUUCAGAAGCUUAUCUGUCCUCAGUGGAAGCACCAGUGCUAACGUAGAGAUGGCCCUGUUAAAUCUUAAAACUGUACUUUCCACCCUUUCCUCCUUUAUCCUUACCAAUAGGCUACGUACCUGCAUGCUGCCUUGGGACAUUUAG